AUGUCCCUCGCGAAGACGUACCUCGCGUCGUACAACGCCGCGCUCGUCGCCGGCUGGUCCUACGUCCUCAUCCUCGCCUUCGCCGCGCUCCGCACCGCCGGCCCCUCCGCCGUCUACGCCGCCGUCGAGCGCCCGCUCGCGCUCGCACAGACCGCCGCCGUGCUCGAGAUCGCGCACGCCGCGUGCGGGAUCGCGCGAUCGCCCGUGCUCGUCACCGCGAUGCAGGUGAGCAGCAGGUUGAUGGUCGUCUGGGGCGUCUUACAUCUCGCCCCGGUCUCGCGCACGGCGAGUCUGGACGUCGUCGGACCGCUGAAAAUCGGCGUACCGUCGCUCAUGCUCGCCUGGGGCGUCACCGAGGUCGUGCGGUAUAGCUUUUACUUUUUUAAGCUCGUUCGGGGCGACGUGCCGAGGGCGGUGACGUGGUGUCGAUACACGUUGUUCAUCGUGCUGUACCCGCUAGGCGUGAGCUCUGAGCUGUUUCUGGCGUACAGCGGGUUCAAAUAUUUGGUAAAAACGAACCCGUUGGCGUACGAGAUGCCGAAUGCGGUGAACUUUGCGUUUCAUUUGCCGACGGCGAUGCUCAUGUUCUUCGCGGGAUACGCGCCGGGCUUUCCGAUGUUGUACGGGUACAUGCUCGGCCAACGCAAGAAGGUUUUGGGUGCGGCGAAGAGCAAGCGCGACUGA